AUGUAUACUACUACUACUACUACUACUACUACUACUACUACUACUACUACUACUACUACUACUACUUCUACUACUACUACUACUACUACUACUACUACUACUACUACUACUACUACUACUACUACUACUACUACUACUACUACUACUACUACUACUACUACUACUACUACUACUACUACUACUACUACUACUACUACUACUACUACUACUACUACUACUACUACUACUACUACUACUACUACUACUACUACUACUACUACUACUACUACUACUACUACUACUACUACUACUACUACUACUACUACUACUACUACUACUACUACUACUACUACUACUACUACUACUACUACUACUACUACUACUACUACUACUACUACUACUACUACUACUACUACUACUACUACUACUACUACUACUACUACUACUACUACUACUACUACUACUACUACUAAAACUACUACUACUACUACUAAAACUACUACUACUACUACUAAAACUACUACUACAACUACUACUACUACUACAACUACUACUACUACUAAAACUACUACUACUACUACUACACAUUUUCUAAGAAAUAUAGCUAUGAUAUUUUUAGUAAAAUGA